AUGAACCAUCGCGCCGGUUUCCCACCAGCUACCAUCAUGGAACUCUACAUGCCGAUCUCCAUCCCAAAGCACUUCCUUGCCUACUUCCUUGCUCUCGCGGCCUCCAUCGCAAUAUCCGCGCUAAACUACGCCGGUCUCACAAAAGUCCCACACAUCGUCAUAUUCAUCGCGAGCCCGACCCUCCUCGUCCUUCAUUCACUCUGGGAAGAAGCGCAGAUCUGCGAGGCGGAAAGACAGAACGAAGAGCUGAGGGCUAAGAACCGACGUCUCAGAGCGCAGCUGAUGAUAUUCGAACACGCGAUUAAGGAAUUGGAGGACAGUUCCGACGACUUGGAUGACGAGGCUAAAAUCUUGGCCAGGAUAGAGAAGAUCAAGGCACUACAGGAGUUUGGGAAAACAAUUGGAUCAUAA